CCCUGACUCCACACAGGCUUUGUGCCCCCUGGAGACAAGGACAGUGCCCGGUGCGGCCCUCGCUGCACACAGCACCUGGUACAGUGUAGCACCUCUGCAGAGGUGGGCUCCGGGACAAGAUGGCGGCCAAGCAGCCCCCACCUCUCAUGAAGAAGCACAGCCAGACGGACCUCGUGAGCCGUCUGAAGACCCGCAAGAUCCUGGGUGUGGGUGGCGAGGACGAUGACGGGGAGGUGCACCGAUCCAAGAUCAGCCAGGUCUUGGGCAAUGAAAUCAAGUUUGCUGUUCGGGAGCCUCUGGGGCUCAGGGUCUGGCAGUUCGUAUCUGCUGUGCUCUUCUCAGGCAUCGCCAUCAUGGCCUUCGCCUUCCCGGACCAGCUCUAUGAUGCCGUGUUUGAUGGAGCCCAGGUGAACAGCAAGACUCCCAUCCGCCUCUAUGGUGGCGCCCUCCUCAGCAUCUCUCUGAUCAUGUGGAACGCGCUCUACACGGCCGAGAAGGUCAUCAUCCGGUGGACGCUGCUCAUGGAAGCUUGCUACUUGGGGGUCCAGUUCUUGGUGGUCACUGCCACGCUGGCCGAGACGGGCCUGGUCUCCCUCGGGACCCUGCUGCUCCUGGUCAGCUGCCUCCUUUUUGUCGCCAUCAGCAUUUACUACUAUUACCAAGUCGGCCGAAGACCCAAGAAAGUCUAGCUGCCCAUGUCAGGGCCCCCUCGGAGCAGGGAGGCCCUGGGGCCUCAGUCUCCCUUUGGUCCCUGGAAGACAGGAAGGACCCUACCUGGGUGGCAGGGGGCUCCCUUCCCCAGGCCAGCACUCCCCAGACUGGUGUCCGAGUUUGGGGCAGGACUGGCCCUCGGCGACUGUAUCUUCAGCCUACACGGGGACACCUCUUAUUUUUGGGUCUCUUGCUCCCAGCCCCCCCGGACAGAUACUGGAGAGCUGGUGUCUGGGUGUUGGGCUAAGGCGCCCCUUCUUUCGAGAGGGGCUGUGGCUGCCUUCCUGUCUCCCCCACACCCUCAGCCAGCGUAGUAUCCGAGCAGUGAACUUGGCUUCUGUCUAUGCCUGGGAACCCCCACAAUGGGCCCCUGUCCCCGCUCCUCUCUGUGGCCCUCCCCACCCGGUGAGCACACCCCUCCCUGCCCACAGCCCAGGGCUCCCGCUCCACAGGUGGCUUGGAGCCUGUGCUUCUGCUCACGUUCUUUGAGUCGGGACACACCCCCCCAGUCCUCUCCCCUAUCCUGGGCCUUGUCCCCAGCUUCUGGAGGCUCUGGGGAGACCCCUUCCCCUACCGUCCCAGGCCCAGAGGCCGGCCUGGUCAGGUGGACACAUAACCCAGCUGGAGGCCCCUGGGAGUGAUGGGGUUUGGGGGAGUUAGAAAAAGCAGCAGCCGCUCUUCCUAGUUCCUGGGCCUGCAGGUAUAACCUCGGGGUCCCUCCCCUGGGGCUGUGCCCUCUGCACCUGUGGCCUCAGCUGCCCCCGGGGCCUGGCUGAGUAGAUGGGGCGCUUCGGGGUGAGCAGGGGAAGAAGCCCCCAUACCCGUUGCCAAUGCCCUGGACUAGGCCGCGGAGCCCCUCAGAGCAGAGGAGAACCUGCCUCAUCCCGCAGGGCCCCUCCCCACUUCCAUCCGCUUGUCCCUGCUGUCAGUGUUCUUCCCCCCAGCAGCCUGGGAAUGGCAGCCCCUGGGAGCUGAGGAGGGGUGUGGAGGGAGGGUGUGGGAACAGCAGCCCAGGCCCCAGAAUUGCUUCUCAGUCAGGGGUGAGGGGGGAGGCGGCUUGGGGGGUGACAGACGAUCCCUCUGCAGCACCUCUGGUUGUUGCCCGGGGCGGGGGGGGGGGGCUCCCUGUCCCUCCCCCCUGUGGGAGCCACAGUGACCCAGAACAGGAGGGAGGCUCAGGGCUGUGCGCUGGUUACCUGGUUGAGCAGAAGAGAGCCUGGGCGCUAAGGACGGGCCGCUCUUCCCUGGUGUCCACCUGGCCGCUGACUCCAUUUCUCUCCAGAAUCACAUCCCUGCCUUGACUCGCAUGGCACCCGGGCCUCCUCUGAAAGGUGGUGUCGAUGGCCGGUGGGCAGUGCCCCGAGGCGCGGCUACGGCCCUCCAUCUGACCCAUGCUGUCAGGCCUGGCUUACCUGUCCCAGGUGAUGGGCGUUUGUCCUAAUGACUGCCAGGUGUGGAGGGGGAAGCCCCGAGGGCAGGCAGGGAAGCCCAGGUGCUUUGGCACCGAGCUCUGUGUGGGCGUUUGUAGGAGCUGAACCGGCCACAUGGCCUCACUCUCUGCUGGGUCGGGAAGGGGGCGGACAUGGCCUUGCCCCUGCGAGGGGGUGGAGAAGGCACAAGGGCAUGGGACUGCCCGCCUCGGGCAGUAAGGCGCAAGGAAGGGGCCUGGCCUGGGGGCCCAGGGGCAGGAUGCUAAGGCCAGGCUUCCUGUUGGGGAGGAGGCGGUCAGGGACCCUCUAUCCUAGUGAGAAAGGUCAGUGCAGGCCCCGCUUCCUAUUGUAAAGGUUUGGGAAGACCAAGAAUCUCCCGGAUCUCCUUUGCCACCAGAACCCAGCACCCCCCUGGGUCUCCAGUCUCCUCGCCCAGCCCAGCACGCCCCAACCAAGACCUCACCUUUCUCCAUGGUGACUAUUUAUUCCUCAUUCCUUUUUCUUUUUGUAAGAAAUGGUCACAAAAACCAGUGCAAAACCAUCUGUGGGCAUCCUGUUUUAUAUUACAAAACUCCUCUUGAUAUAUAAUAUAAAAAGGGGGGCUCACAGGAAAUAAACAUGAUAAAUUAGU